AUGGAGGAGGACACUCGUCAAUUUACUAUGCUUGGAGGAGUUGCAGCCCUCAAAGUGGAUUCUGCCCGCUCACGACCUAUCACUCGUCAUGACUCAACUGGUCGACCUCGUAAGUGCAGUCAUUGUGCUGGUGAUCAUUAUUCCGAGAAGUGUUUUAAGGAUCAUGGUUACUCUAAUUGGUUUGCUGACUAUAAAUCUCGUAUGUAUGGCCCUAAAGCUGCUUGUACUAUGACCCAAGGAGAGACAGAUUUACCAACUCCAUCUGCCCAUUUGUGUGCCUUUAAUGCUCUUCCAGGUAUUGGCUCUAAUACUUGGAUAAUUAAAACUGAUGCUUCUAACCAUAUAACUUGUGAUAAUAAAUUGUUUAAUGAGUUAUCUAGUAAUCCCCGUGACCCUUACAUAACUAGUGCUAAUGGCUUACCCUAA